AUGUUCCUCUUUUCCAGAGAGGUGGAUUUUUCUACUACUGGAGUGGACAGGACAGGGGAUGGGGCAUUUCGACUACUUGCAGUGGACACGGUUCAGUCGAUCAACACCAGUCCGACCCCCUGUCAGUCCGGCACAGCCAGUCCGGGGCGAGGCAACUCUUUAAAUCGUGACUUGCCCACCGGCCUUAAUCACUUGUCCACAGAAACUCCUGCACCGACAAAUGGUCCCGUUACAAUGGCAGCUACCAUGAAGGCAGGUACCACAACACAGCCUGUGUCUUUGUGGAAGUCGGGAUUCUUUGAAUCCUCUGGAUUUGGGCCAGACUUCGCGAUGUCAACGUGUCGAAGUAGCGGUGACUCUGUCGUUAUCGGUGUUACUCCAGCACCUGAAGAGGAGUCUGGUAUAUGCAGACUCUUUGGGGCUCCAUUCGACCUUAGCAACUGGCCACAACAAUGCUAA